GCUUCUUAACUUCUUGCUGUAUUCACAAUCUAACAUUUAUGAAUGAAUGUUUGAUUAUAGUAUAUGAAGAUUUUUCCAUUAUUAAACAGUUUUUAAAGUUAUAAAAAGGUGUUCUUUUGGUAUAAAAUUGGUUUUAAAAAAAGUAUUUGAAUGAUUCUUCACCUUUGAUAUACUAUAAUGGGGUGAAGGGUCACACUCAGAUUUGCAAUUCCGUUUCUUUCCUAAAGGUGGUUGGUCCAUUUUCAUUCCCCAUUUAAUUUAAUUAUUCCUACUCUGUGUUUCCCAUUAUUUGACUAUUUUUGCUAAUCAAUCAUUUCAAUAAUCACAUUAUUGUUGCAGUAUAUAUUUUACAAUAAUCACAUAUCCCCUGCUGCAUUGCUUUCCUUCUUUUUUUGUAUAUAUCCUUUUGUCUGCAACUUCCUUUUCUUCAUACUACAACUUCACUUAAAGAAGCUUGUUCUUACUCCACUUUUGUUGUAGGGUUGAGUUUACUUUGAGUAGAAGAAUAUAUAUAUCCGACAUGAAGCAAAUCUGAAUUCAAGAUGAGAGUGGAAACUGCACUUGUGAUUCUCUUGGUCCUCAUAUCAGUUCACCAAUGUUAUGGAGGUGCAAGCAACUGGACGUGCACGUGCUUCUCUUCUGCCAACAAAAGCGAUAUCAGGGAAUCUAACUGUUCCACUUCAUGUCACUGCAAACCAGUAGCAGAUAGAGACCAACAAUGGGUAUGCUUGUGUCCGGCAAAUGGGUUUCCAAUAAUAUCCGUUACCGGUUCCAACUCUUCAUGCUUCACUUCUUGCAACUGCUCAUCAGGACCUAUAAAGAAGCAAUCUCUAUCAAGGAAACUCCUCCUCGUCACACUAAUCUUCUGCGUUGUAGUCACUUCAGUAGCCUUCCUCGCCUCUAUGUUCUGCUACGUUUAUCGAAGGACCAGGACCAAUGUAUCUGGACAAACCCCUUCUUCAGUCUCUUCAGACAGAGAAUCUAGCUGGCACAGCUCCGCCAACUUAAUAGCCCGUAAAAGCUCCAUCUCACAGCCCAACAAGACCAGCUUCAGCUCCUCACUCUCAGGAUGUUUCUUUCAGAACGCUUCUCUGUUCUGCGUGAGUAAACCCGAAACAAUCCACGGGAUGAUCUUUCAGUUCUCGUACGGAGAGCUGGAGCAAGCGACGGAUAAGUUCGCCAGCAGCAACGUUAUAGGACACGGAGGAAGUAGCUGCGUUUACCGUGGUCAGCUCAGAGACGGCAAAACCGCUGCGAUCAAACGUCUGAAUGCUCCUAAAGGAAACGACAACGACACUCUAUUCUCAACAGAAGUAGAAUUAUUAUCAAGACUCCAUCACUACCACGUGGUUCCACUGAUUGGAUACUGUUCGGAGUUUCACGGCAAGCAUGCGGAGAGGCUUCUGGUUUUUGAGUACAUGUCUUACGGAAACCUGAGAGACUGCUUAGAUGGAGAGGUGGGAGAGAAGAUGACGUGGAACGUCAGAAUCUCUCUGGCUCUCGGAGCUGCGAGAGGGCUCGAGUAUCUACACGAAGCUGCUGCUCCGAGAAUCUUGCACCGUGAUGUUAAAUCCACUAACAUUCUCCUCGAUGAGAACUGGCAUGCUAAAAUAACAGAUCUUGGGAUGGCUAAGUGUUUGAGCAGCGACGGUUUACAAAGCGGUUCAAGCUCUCCAACAAUGGGACUGCAGGGGACGUUUGGUUACUUUGCACCUGAGUACGCUAUUGCAGGAUGUGCUUCACCUAUGUCGGAUGUUUUCAGCUUCGGUGUUGUUCUGCUCGAGCUUAUAACCGGGAGGAAACCUAUACAGAAGCCUAGCGUUUGCAACAACAAAGGAGAAGAAAGUCUUGUUAUUUGGGCUAUGCCGCGUUUACAAGACAGUAAGAGGGUGAUUGAGGAGCUGCCUGAUCCGAGGCUUAACGGGAAGUUUGCUGAAGAAGAGAUGCAGAUAAUGGCGUAUCUUGCUAAAGAGUGUUUGCUUUUGGAGCCAGAAGCUAGGCCGACAAUGAGAGAGGUUGUUCAGAUUCUUUCUACCAUCAUGCCAGACACUUCCAGACGUAGAAACUUCCCCAUCAAUCAUCUUUUUCCGAGUAAUGAGAAGAAGAAAGAAAGCAAAGUAGGAGGAUGGUCAAGAGGUGGGAGCAGGAGUGCACAUGAAGAGGAGUCGGUGGAUCUGACCGAGCCGCGGUUCGAGUCCUUUUGCUUGCCGAAUGUGAAGCCGGUCUUGCUUGAACCAUCUGCACAUAUUUAAAAAGUAGAUAGAAAAACACAGAACGAAAACAACACUGAGCCAUCUCGCAUGUGUGUAGAUAAUAGCUCAAUCUGGGCAAAGGGUAAAGCAUUGAGGCUUGAGAGUUUUAUUGUAUUAAGUGUGUGUCAAGAUUUGUUUUUAAACUUUGACUUUUAAUUUAUGAUCUAAUAAAAUAUUUUUAACAAAA